AUGAGACAAUUGAAGCAUCACGAACAAAAGCUGUUGAAAAAGGUUGACUUUUUGCAAUGGAAAAAGGAAGACACUAUACGUGAGAUGAAGGUCAUUCGUCGCUACUUUCUUCAGCAGAGAGAGGACUAUCACAAAUACAACAAACUAGUGGGCAGUAUCCGUCAAUUAGCCAACAAGAUUUCAUUGCUCGACUCUCGUGAUCCAUUCCGUACACAACAAGAAAAGGCAUUGUUAGAGAAACUAUACAACAUGGGCAUCAUUACAGCAACAACCAAGUUUUCGGAUUGCCGCAAAGUGACAGUAUCCGCUUUUUGUCGUAGACGUUUGCCUAUUGUCAUGUGUCGAUUAAAGAUGGCAGAAACCGUAAAGGAGGCAGUAACAUUUGUUGAACAAGGACAUAUCCGUGUGGGGCCUCAGACAGUGACAGAUCCUGCCUUCUUGGUGAAUCGCACGAUGGAAGACUAUGUCACUUGGGUGGACACUUCCAAGAUCAAGAGAAAGAUCAUGAAGUACAAUGACAAGUUGGAUGACUACGACCUUUUGUAA